AUGAAUGCCUCUCCCUAGGUCAAGCAACCUAGAAAUUUAUUGACAACAAAAAAAACCCAUUCCAAAGAAAAAAAUGUCAGUUAAGUAAAUAAGGAAAACCCCCGCUUGCUAAAAGAUAUUCAGCAUAAACUUCCAAACGAUGUACUUGAAUACAUAAGUUUUUGCCGUGAUCAGCAAUUAUCAAGAAAUUCCACUAGUGGUAUGUCGCAUACUGGUAUGGCUAAUAGCUUUAUUUAAUAGGAAAGUUCUUUGAGUUUCAACUCAGGAGAAAAGAGCUCAGCGUCAAGCACAGCUAGCAAAUAAAAUAGAAAUAAGGAAGCCAAGCAAAUCAAAAAUUAAAAGCAACAGCAAUAACCAAGAUAGCAAAGCCGUAAUUCGAAAAAUACUGUUAACCUAUUAUCAAGAGAUAGCAAUCCUACUUUUAUAUGCUAAGCUCCUCAUAAAAUAGAAGAGCAAUAUACAAUAAGGAACGAAGAUUCAGGACUGUUUGAUUAAAGUCCCGUUAGAAGUCAUGUCCCAUAGAAUUUAGAGCUAGACCUAGUAAAAUUAGUAAAUUUUAAGGAAACCGAUGAAAACUAAAACAGAAAAAUGGAAGACCUAACGACACCUACCCUAUCAAAGAUCAACACACGCUAAGAUUCUCAUUUACAGUUUACAAAUAGAACAGAUGCAUCAUAAUCACCUAGUCUGUAAACAUUUGAUGACACUCAAGAAGCAAGGAAUAGUAUAAUACAGACUCCAUUAAAUUUACUCCAGGAAUUAAUGGAUCAUGUUGCUUUUUAUUCUCAAAGAAAUUCAGAGCGUGCAUCCAAUAAAUAAUUUGAACUUUUUCCUUACAGCUAGUAUGCUUGUGAAUAUGAUGAGGAUGAUGAAGAUUAAGAGGAUGAUAGUUUACCUAUUGCGACUCCUCCAUACCUUCCUCCAAAAAAUGACGAUGGUAAAAUCUAUACACUAGUACUAGAUCUUGAUGAAACACUUAUUCAUUUUGAAGAUACCUUAGAUAACGACGAGGGAGACAAGGAAGUUUUCUACAUGGUUAGACCAGGUGUAAAUAAAUUCUUAACAGAGCUUUCUUAAUAUUACGAGAUAGUAAUUUUCACUGCUGCUUUAUAAGAUUAUGCUGACUGGAUUCUAAAUUCUAUAGAUCGGAGAGAUCUUAGCAAAACUAUUAUUAUUGAUAACAUUGCUGAAAACUUUGAGUAUACUAAUGAGGAUAAUGGGCUUGAGAUCAUUAGUUGGUAUGAUGAUCUCGAUGACUAAGAACUUGACAAAUAUAUACCAUUUUUAAUAGAAAUGGCUAUUAGAUAAGAACCUGAUGUAAGGGAAAUUAUUAAAAGAUAUAGAGACGAUUUUACAGCCUAUGUUGAGAAUAGGCCGUCUUAUUGA